UUCCAACAGCUUCAGGAAGUUCUUGUAAUUACCGGCCAUGGCUCGGCCUCAACAUGUGAGAAUUGUUUUCGAGGCCAUGUUGAAACGAUCAAUCGAACCAAAUUUUCGGCAGCACUUCGUCAUGUUGGCCACUCCGCGCUGAAAUGUUGAUUGAGGACUGUCAAAUCUCGACGAUGUUCCGCAUUUGUCGGAUUAUUUAGUGGUUGAAUAUCGGGGCUCAGCAGAGGAUUGUUAUUUCGUUGCUAGAGAUUUGCGAGAGUGAGAAAAUUGUUUAGAUGACGGCGGUCUGCCGUGAAGUGACAGGUCAUGGGGGCCUGCCUCGGCCGUUGCUUUCCCAGUGUCACCGACCCCUUCACCUUCAGGUACUCCAGACAUACUGGAAUUACUCAAUCCCCAGAGGAAGAACGAGCUGAGUUGCAGCAGUAUAUGAAUGGAGAACAUGUAGAGUCCUCGAAGAAAUCAAAAACUUUGUUAUCAUUUCUAUCUUUAAAACGUUUCAAGAAAAAAAAUAGAACUCCAGUGUCACUGGAACUGGUUGAAGAUACUCGCUGGUCAAGAGGCAGUAACAAAUAUUUUCGACUGGAUUCUGCUAUUGGUGUGUCCACGAGCUCUGGAUUGAACACUCCACUGCAGUCCCUGGACGCUCGCACCCUGCUGAGGCACCCAGGCUGUGUUUCCUCGACGCCAGUCUCAUCCCUGGACCUCGAGUGGGAGCACGAGGUCCUCCCAGCCCCUCUGAUCGAGCUGGAGCCCCCCCAGAGCACAAUCGAAUCACCAUCGAGAACAUCGAGUGGUGGCAGUCGACCGUCCAGUUUAACUGCAUCCCCCUGGUCACGUGUAUCAACCCCAAACAGUUUAGAGUGGGACUCAGUAGAGGCUGACAAUGCCUGUGAUCCUGACACUGAACAAUUACUGACGGAAAUCGAGAGAUUGACCGACAAAACGCUUAAGGAGACUGGCGAAUGGACUGGUGCUAGAUGAUAAUGCUUCAAUGAUUUCGAUUGUUGUAUUUUUGUAUGAAAUUAAUGCUGAUGUGAAGAGCACUCAUCGAUGAUCCAUUAUUACCAUGCACGAAGAAAAUUUCAUAGAAAUACGAAGUGAAUCUAGAGAAAAUUCCAUUGCAUUUCUGUUGUAAAAUCCAUUUUUCAAGAAAAUCUCGUAGAAAUUAUUUUAUAAAAGAAAAUAUUAAAGUUUCAUUUGUCUGCAUAAUUUUUUCCAGUCAAACAUUCUCCACAGGAAUUUCCACCCUAUUUUUCUUCUCUAUUUAUUAAAUCAAAAAAACUUGGA